ACUUUUUUUCUUUUCGAAACGGAACUACCAGCCACCACUUUUUUUUUUAUCUCUGAACCCGGUGCAGUUUCCAGAUCAACAAACAAACGCGCCCGCAUUGCUAUUGUCAAAAAGAACGCACGUUGCUUAUAACACAUACUAAUUCCAUGCCAAUGACACAUUCACGAGCAAAAUUGUUCCAGCUUUCCAACAUGUCCCGGCAGCCAUCCCGUCCACCAUUCGUCGUCACGCUCCUGCUACUGGUGGCACACCUCCGUACCUCUGUCGUAGCAGUAGCCGACGAGGCGACCUUGCAGCGUCCGCCGGUCCGGGCCGUCGUCGCGGCCGAGGCGCCCGCCGCAGUCUGCUGCCGCCGGACCGCGGCGCGGGCGGUGGUGGAGCACUGCACGAUCGACAUCGUCAGGUCCUUCUUCGGCGUCCGCGGCGGCAAUCGCUGCUGCCGCGCGCUGGAGACGGUCGGCGAAGAGUGCUACCGCGCCACGUUCUCCGGCUCCCCGUUCGCCGCUCUCUACCCAACCGUCGUCGGUAACCUCUGCGGCCUCGCCGCGGCUCCAACAUAGACCCGGCCGGCGCAAUAAACCGCACUACUUUAUCUCGAAAAAUGUAUUGAAGGUUGUUUUUUUUCUUGCGAGGAGUUGAAGGUUGUUGAUUCAUGCAAGACGUACCUGUCACGUCCCAUAUUAAAUGAUUUUUUAUUACAUAUAUUUAGAUGUAUUUUAGUCAUAGUACAUUCAUAUUAAAAAUUUGAAUCAUUUAAUA